AUGGCGUUGAAAUUAUGGAGCAGGGUGGUGGUGGUGGUGUGCAUUUUGUUGAUCACAUAUAAUGUUCUAGCAGCAGCAGGCAAAAAUAGCAACUUAUCUCACGAAAAGCAGAGGGAAUUCGAUAACCACUUGAAUCGCUUAAACAAGCCUCCUGUUAAAUCCAUUGAGAGUCCAGAUGGCGACAUCAUUGAUUGUGUCAAUAUUGCACAUCAACCUGCAUUUGAUCAUCCUUCCAUGAAAAACCAUAAAAUUCAGAUGAAACCAACUUAUGAUCCACAAGGUGAUUUUGUUACCAACGAAGAGAAGGCAAAAGGAAAGUCAGAGCCGAUUACCCAGUUAUGGCACUUGAAGGGACGAUGUCCAGAAGGUACAAUUCCCAUAAGAAGAACUAAAAUGGAUGAUAUUCUUAGAGCAGGCUCGAUUGAAAAUUUCGGAAAGAAGACACAUGGAUCCAUCCCUCAAUCGGGUUUAACUAAGUCUGUUAACGAAGUUGAUAACAAUGGCCACGAGUACUCAGUAGCUACUGUAAAAGGAGAAAAAUAUUAUGGAGCAAGGGGAAGCAUAAACGUUUGGAACCCAAAAGUCCAAGACCCUUCUGAAUUUAGCCUGUCUCAAAUCUGGUUAGUCGGAAGUUCAACAACAAAUGUCACUACAAUUGAAGUUGGUUGGCAGGUCUGCCCGGGACUUUAUCUGGAUUCAAACACUCGAUUAUUCAUUUAUUGGACUAAGGACUCGUACACCAAUACGGGUUGCUACAAUCUGUUUUGUGAAGGAUUUGUUCAACUCAACAAGGACAUAGCAAUUGGUGCGACCCUCGCCCCUGUUUCUCAAAUUGGCGGUACUCCAUAUGAAAUCAAAAUAUUCAUUUGGAAGGAUCCAGUAGAAGGCAACUGGUGGCUGCGAGUAGGGGAAUUUACAAAUACAGUGGGUUACUGGCCAGGUGAACUAGUGCCGGACCUGGCUGAUGGUGCUGCAACCGUUCAGUGGGGUGGAGAGAUUGUAAACUUUGAGCCAAAUUUUCAGCACACCACUACACAAAUGGGCAGUGGUCGUUUCGCUGAAGAAGGUCCUGCAAAGGCUAGUUACAUCAGGAAUAUGCAAAUUAUUGAUGAUUCCAACAUUCCUAGACUUCCCAAAGAUCUUAAAAUUUCAACUUCAAAAGCAGGCUGUUAUGAUAUCAAAAGUUUCGAAAUUGCCAAUAAGGAGAAGUACAUUUUCUACGGCGGUCCUGGGAGAAACCCUAAGUGCCCCUGA